AAAGCCAAUGAUGAUGAGUCCAAUGCAGAUCCGGAUGUGGAUAUUGACGAUAUCUUACGGCGCGCUGAAACCCGCGAUACUGAUGCCGUUGCCGGGACUUGUAACCCCGCUAGCACAUUGUUAUCAUCCUUCAAAGUUGUCACCCUAGACAAUCUUGAACAGGAUGAGGAGAAAGUGAUUGUCGAUCCCCUUAUGCGCCCCUCAACCGGUACCAAUCAAGCUAAGUUGUGGGACCAAAUAAUACCAUCAGAAUUCAGAGACAAGGUUAGUAAUGAACGUACUAAGCAGGAACUUUUGGACCUAGAACUUGGACCUCGCCGCCGUAAACAAGUUAAAGCCUUCCAGGCUGGAGUCGAAGGUGACACAUCUUCUUCAUCAGACAACGAUAGUCGGCAUAGUGAUACUUGCUUGAAUACCAAACUAACGGAUAAAGAAAUCCGAGCUCUCGUUCGAGCUGUCAGGCGAUUUGCACGUCCUCUUGAAAGAAUUGAAGCCAUUGCCACUGAAGCUGAGCUUCCUGAUAAGACGGAAAGGGAGGUUCGCGAGGUUGUGGAUGCGGUUCUUAAGGGUUGCAGAGCUGCAAUGGAGUCUUCUUUAACUUUAGCGGAAAAAAAUGGCUUUAAUGAUAUGAGUGGAAAAAGUUGUGCAAGUGGAGGCAAGGGUCCUGUCUUUUUAUUUGGGCGGGUUGCUGUUGCCGCAAAGCCACUUCUACAAAGUUUGCAGGAUCUCGAAGUCCUUCAUCAGUGUUUACCUUCUACUAAUAAGGAGUCUCGCAUCAAUUACCAACUGCCUUUCGUACCGAAGCCUGUAUCUUGGUCGUGCCACUGGGAUUCCCAUGAUGACGUGCGCCUACUGGCAGGCGUCUAUGAGCACGGAUACGAUAACUGGGAAGCUAUCAAAUUAGAUUCUGAUUUAGGUUUGGGGGCAAAGCUUCUUCCCGUUUCUUCUACUGAGAAGCCUCAGGCUAAUCAUGUCAGAACACGAGUGGACUAUCUACUAAAGGUGCUCUCUAAGGAUCAUGCUGGUGAAGUCUCUCGCGCUCACGCUGGAUGUGCAUCAGGUCGCAAGUCUAGGGUGGCUGAUGAUGUGAAACCAAUUGAGCGUCAUAAACGCAAGUCCGAUCAGUUCACCUAUACCCAUAAGCCUCGUAAUGAUAGGGACUCGUACUGUGUUGGUGUAAAGCCAAAGUCUGCAGAAUUUAUUGACUCUGAGGAUUCUUCCACAUCAUCUGAUAACCUGGCCCUCAUUGGAACAAUGUCCCAGCCUACUAGUUAUCACUCCACUACAAAGAAUGAA